AUGGUUGGACUCACAUCGGCUUCUGGCCUUGUCGGCUUCCUGUCCGAGCCAGACCCAGAGCUCAGAGUGUUUGCUUUGAAGACACUUGACGCCGAGGUCGAUGUGCUGUGGACAGAUAUCGUCGACGCUAUUCCUCAAAUAGAGGCGUUAUAUGAAGACGAGACCUUCCCUGAGCGCGAACUCGCAGCUUUAGUGGCUUCAAAAGUCUACUACCACCUACAAGAGUACAACGAGAGCAUGGUGUUUGCUCUAGGAGCCGGAAAAUUAUUGAACUUAGACAAGGGUGGCGAAUUCGAGCAAACGAUCAUCUCCAAAUGUAUCGACACGUUCAUCUCGCUAUCUGCCAGCCGCCGUCCAUCGGUUGGCGAAACCCCGUUGUCUCUCAACACAGCCUUUCCUUCCUCGAACGGCGCUACGAACACAUCUGCCAGCCUAGCUUCUCCUAUUACUCCAUUUUCACAAUCCGCUCUCCCGUCGAAAUCUCUUUUAUCACGUGAGGAGGAGCCACACACAGAUGCUACCUUUCCCCAAGACGGCGCUUCCAAAUUUGAAGAGACUUCCUUGGUUUGUUUCCGCCAGCAGCGAUAUCGCCAGGUUGUCGGAAUCGCAAUCGAGGCAAAAAAUUUGGAGGUCCUCCGAACGGCUAUCCUUCGUUGCAGCGAGUCUGAGAAGCAACAGCAAGGGGAGGCCUCAAGGCAUGGCGAAGAGUUGAUCGAAUAUGUCCUAGACAUCUGCAUGAGCGUGAUUCAAGAGCGAAGUUUCCGUAACGAGAUCUUGAAACUCAUCUUGGAGCUUUUGAACCAAAUUCCGUCCCCAGACUAUUUCGCUAUCGCCAAAUGCGUUGUUUACCUUGAUGAACAUUCCAUGGCCACCGAAAUUCUCCGGCAACUCGUCGAUAAAGAUGAAACUAGGGCCCGAACGAUCGCUUAUCAAAUCUCAUUCGAUCUCUAUGAUAACAGCACUCAAGAGUUUUUGAAGAAGGUGAUUGCUGAGAUUGAGGAGCUUCUCCCAGAGGAACCCAAACCAGAAAGUACCGAGGAAGGGGCUGCCACCGAGUCGGAUUCUCUGCUGGCAAAUCAAUCUUCCUCUAAGACCGAGUUGACCGAGGAGGCCCGUCUCGCUUUCACAAAUAUACGCGACAUAUUACAAGGUGUCAAGACUAUUCAGUUGAACCUUGAAUUCCUCUACCGUAGCAACAAGGCUGAUGUGUCGAUUCUCAACAAGAUCCGGGAUAGCCUUGAAGCCAGAAAUUCGAUCUUCCACAAUGCCGUCACAUUCUCGAAUGCAUUCAUGCAUGCAGGUACGACGCACGACAAGUUCUUCCGAGACAACCUGGAGUGGCUUGGAAAGGCUGUUAACUGGUCGAAAUUCACGGCAACUGCUGCUCUUGGUGUGAUCCACAAGGGAAACCUUUCGGAAGGUCGAAAGCUUUUGGCCCCGUAUCUCCCUCGUGAACAUAUUUCCGGAGUCGGUAGCACAGGUUCUGUCUAUAGCCAGGGUGGUUCACUCUUUGCAUACGGAUUGAUUUACGCCAACCACGGUGGUGCUGCUGUUGAGCUUAUCCGUGACCACUUCAAGAAGGCCACUGAGGAAGUUGUGCAACAUGGAGGCGCUCUUGGUCUUGGUGUCGCGGGUAUGGCAACAGGCGAUGAGGGCAUCUGGGAGGAUCUCAAGUCUGUUCUCUACACUGACUCCGCUGUUAACGGUGAGGCUGUUGGUUUGGCCAUGGGUCUUGUCAUGUUGGGUACUGGUAACAUGAAAUUGUUGGAAGAGAUGGUUCAGUAUGCACACGAGACUCAGCAUGAAAAAAUCGUGCGAGGUCUCGCGCUGGGUAUGGCUUUGAUCAUGUAUGGUCGACAAGAAGCAGCUGAUGAACUCAUCAACGGCUUGCUGGGUGAUCCCGAUCCUUAUCUCCGUUACGGAGGUAUUAUGACUGUUGCAUUGGCAUACUGUGGCACAGGAAGCAAUAAAGCUGUUCGCAAGCUUCUUCAUGUCGCAGUGAGCGAUGUCAAUGAUGACGUCCGUCGGGUGGCUGUAAUGAGCUUGGGUUUCAUCUUGUUCCGCAAGCAUCAAAGCGUACCUCGCAUGGUUGAGUUGUUGUCCGAGUCAUACAACCCACAUGUUCGUUAUGGUGCUGCAAUGGCUUUGGGUAUCUCAUGUGCUGGCACUGGUCUUGAUGAAGCUAUCGAUCUUUUGGAGCCUAUGCUUAAGGAUCCUACGGAUUUCGUCAGGCAGGGUGCUCUCAUCUCGCUUGCCAUGGUCCUCGUUCAACAGAACGAGACUAUGAAUCCCAAGGUCGGCAGCAUUCGCAAGAUGAUGAAUACGAUAAUUACAGAUCGCCAUGAGGAUGCGAUGGCUAAGUUCGGUUGUGCUAUUGCUCUGGGUAUCAUUGAUGCAGGCGGUCGUAAUUGCACCAUCAGUCUACAGACUCAGACGGGUAAUCUUAACAUGCCUGGUAUUGUUGGUGCUGCUGUCUUCACACAGUACUGGUAUUGGUUCCCUCUUGCACACUUCCUUUCCCUGAGCUACACGCCGACUGCAGUCAUCGGUGUCGAUCAAUCCCUCGAAGUCCCUGUAUUUCAAUUCCAUAGCAACACAAGACCCAGUCUCUUCGACUACCCUCCUGAGCAACAAGUCAAGGCCGAUGAGGCUCCCGAAAAGGUGAAGACCGCAGUUCUUUCUACGACAAACCAGGCCAAGCGACGAGCGCAACGUCGGGAAAAGCAACAAAGGCGGGAGAGCAUGGACGUUGAUCAGACCCCAACGACACCCAAGGUUUCUGGUCAGCUUCCUGAAAAGAUGGAGACUGAGGAAACUGCUAUCAAGGAAGGUGAAGAGGGCAAAGAGACCAAGGAGGAAGCUCCUGCAGAGAGUUUAAAGAAGAAGGCAGAGAAGGAGAAGGUUGGAUACGAGUUAGAGAACAUGUCACGUGUGCUCCCGGCUCAGUUGAAAUACUUGACCUUCCCCGACCCACGAUAUGAGCCUGUCAAACGCCCUACUGGAGGAGUGGUCGUUGUUCUUGACAAGAAACCAGACGAACCACGAGAGACAAUCGAACUACGGGCCACUACUGAGAUUCGACAAGCGGCUCUAUCAGAUGCCAUGCAAUAUUUCACGGAUCGUAUACAGGCUCAAGGUGGUGCUGCCUUCGAGACACCACAACGAGGCGGAGCUGCAGCCGAUGCAACUGGUGCUGCUCUCGCGGCUGGUGUACUCACUGCCGUUGAUGAAGAUGAAGAAGGCGCGGAGGAUGCCCCUGUUCCUGAUGAAUUCGGCUACGAGACAGACAACAUGGAGGAGUAA